CAUACAAUUGGAGUGUGCGAUGGCUGUUGGUUGGACAAAAGUUUUCAGUCGAUGUACUUUGGCAGCCUUGUUAGGAACCUCAAUGACUUGGGUUCACUACCAAGUAAGGGCAGAAGAACAACAGGACACAACUGUGUUAAAGCAACGGGCUGCGAUAGUCCUAUCUAAGGCCAGGGAAUCUCUGUCUUUAGAAGCGUUGUAUAAACAAAAAGCUGCACAGAUCAUCGAAAAAUAUUAUCAACGACAAGGACGUUCCAAGUCUGAUACUUUGGAAACAGUCGUAGCGGAACCUUUGUCGAGUGGCACUGAUGAACAACAAGGCAUCCCAGCGUCAGCAUUUUUUAGAGAAUUGUCCAACACUUCCGUUCCACUUUGUGUACCUUUUGUUAUAGUGGGUGGGGGAACUGCAGCUUGGAGUGCUCUAGAGGUUAUUUACGAGAAAAAUCCAUCGGCACAAGUUCUGGUAGUAACAGAAGAGCCUUAUGCUCCAUACAAUAGAACGCCUCUGUCGAAAGAAAUGUGGUCGAUUCCCACAGUAUCAGUACCUAAUCAAUGGCCAAAUGCAAGAGCAGAGUUGGAAUACAAGUAUCAUCUUCCUGGUCAACCGGAAACUUAUAGAGCCUCCAUUCUCAUGAAUGUUUCAGUAACUCAACUAUAUCCCAAAGAGAAUAAGAUCAAACUUUCAAAUGGAAUGGAAGUAUUCUAUCAGAAAUUGUUGUUAGCGACAGGAGGAAAGCCAAAUGUAUCGGAACUGAUCAAUAAUUCCUCCAUCGAUCCAUCUAUUCAUGAUAGUAUCAUUACGUUCCGGAGCAUUUCUGACUUUGAACGUUUGCACAAUUCUUUCAUAAACCCAAAGUAUCGCAAUAUCACUAUUCUAGGUGGUGGCUUUUUGGGAUCCGAACUUGCAUGUUCUUUACAAACUAGGUUAAAUCAGGAGCAUGAGAGAAAUAAGCAAGUUACCUUACUAUGCCCGGAAGCGGGUGUCUUAGGAAAGUUUCUACCCCGAUAUUUAAGUGAUUAUAUCACGAAACAGAUGCGACAGCAUAAUGUAGAUGUUCGUCCUGGAGUUUCAGUCUUCGAUAUCGUUCCUACUACGAGUACUGAUUCAAGCGACGAAACCCGUAUCCAGUUGCAGCUUUUUGGUUGGAAGGAUAAAGAACAUAUCACAGAUCAAGUUGUUAUAGCAGUGGGUAUAACACCUCGCCAAGAGUUGGCUGAAGAAGCUGGAUUAGAAAUGGACCCUGUUGCCGGAGGUAUUCGUGUCAAUGCCGCUAUGCAAGUUGAAGGCAAUAUUUAUGCUGCUGGAGAUGUUGCAAGCUUUUGGGAUCGUGCAUUGGGUAGACGUCGUGUCGAACACUGGGACCAUGCAGUGGUCACUGGACGAAUAGCAGGUGAGAACAUGUCAGGAGGUCAUGCAACCUACGAAUGGGAAUCUAUGUUCUGGUGCGAUUUGGUUGGUUUGAAUAUCAGCUUUGAAGCAACUGGAAUGAUUGAUGCGUCGCUGAGAACUAUUGGGGUUUGGAAUUUGAAGAACACUUUCCGUCGAGGCGAGUUUUCAGAUCAAGACUUGAAUGAAGGAGUGGUUUGGUAUUUAAGAGGGAAUCAAGUUGUCGGAGCAUUAUUAUGGAAUAGAGAAGGGAAGGGUUUAGAUGUUGCUAGACAAGUCAUUGGUACUAAAUUCCAAAUUUCCUCCGUGCAGGAUUUGACCAAUUUGAUUCCCGUUCAAGAUGAAAGUGGCAAACAAGCUCCUUUUGUAAUCGAUAGCAGUGUUUUGGGUAGUCACCAAACUGCGAGUCCUUGAUAAAUGGAAGGACGAACGUGUAGAUGACAAAUAAAUGAUUGAUAAAAGCGCCAAGUUUAAUGAAAUGGCCUUAUAUUUGUUUUUGUAAUGGAAGUUGAUAUGAAAUGACAAGUCUGUGUUGAAAAUUUUCAUACGAUAUUUUGAUACUAUUUUACUUGAGAAUUCCUUUUUCUUUGAAUCCAAACGAACUGGAAAGAAAAUUAUGAUCAGACAU